AUGCAACAGAGAUGCGACUCAGUAGAACUAUGUUCCGACGACGAACAUAUCAUUGCGAGUUUAUACAGAACAGAAACGAAUCAAGGCGAUAUCCAUAUCUUCUUUGACUCCAACUCCUCUUCUAGUGGCCUAUCGUGUUCAGAAAUACCCUGGAAACGCCAACGCGAGGAUAGCCCCGAAUACGAGGUGUUAAGAAGGUUACCCCCAGCCCUUAGAACCCGAUCCAGAGGGCCACAAGGCAAAUGUCACUCGGUGGCUGAGAUGAGCCUAUCCGCCAAAUUGGAAGUGCUUAAGCACAAGUUCUUAACGCAUGAAAUGUCCAGCCACUUAUCCCUAUGCAACUCUCCUUCAGCCAACAACACACUGUAUACUAUGCAGUCCUCCAAAACAGCACAAGACCUUCCUAAUUACCCCAGCCACCUCGAAAAAAACACGUUUCCAGCCCGUGGCUCUUCAUCAAACUUUGUGACAGCUCCGGUCACGUACCCCGCUGGCUCUCAGCCUGGCACACUCCGGAAUUCCUCCUUAUUGACAUCUACGGACGGAUCCGAUUGCGCAUAUACCCCGAUUGUCCGUGGUAAUGAACCACUCGUUCCUCAAGGUGUACCUAGUCAUUCAGUGCAUGCAAAUUCAUGUCAAUCCAGUUCACCCAAACUGUCUCAAUCCACAGACGCCAAGGUCUACUGCCAUUCUGACCAUGUUUCUCCAGCUAUUGGUAACGAUCAUUCACGUCGUCCUUUGAUAGAUCGGCACCUAUCUGUAGAUCAUUCAUUUGCCUCUUCCGUGCUCCAGGACAUUGUCCCGGAGGGCGAUACCUUCCAUAUACCUGGAGAUCAUUCCAGAUCAUCCAACAGCCUAGACUCCGUCAAAAGUAUAGCUAUCGAAGACACUGGCUUUGGAAUCGACUCCCCCGAUCUCCCAUCACGUCACGAAUUUACAAAGGCAGUCGACCGCUAUCUUUCUGCGCUAAGCUCGAAGAAAAUUUCGAAGGCGCUGAUCACCCAGCAGCUAUAUGAAGAUAUUAUAUUCAAUUUGAAGUGCGAAAAAAACAAUCUUCCAGGAAUAGGGACGCCACAAUUUAGAUUUUGGUGCAGGAAGCAUUUUAUUUUGAAGACUAUUCCUCGCCUCCGUAUGAGAGAACAGGCAGAAACACCCGGUUUGAUGACUAUCCUUCCUAUUGGGAACCAAGACGGUGGCGACUCAGAUAACGUCGAGGUGGUCACUCAUGAUGGCCAACCUGUGGUCACUAGAGAAACCAUUUACGAUGUUUUGAUCAAGUGCCACUCUCUCGCUAACCAUGCUGGGCGGGACAAGACAACAGCCCUCGUCAAACAAAAUUACGUGAGUCUCAAGUGGAUUGCUUCCUCAACUAAUUAUUCUUACUUCAAUGAAUUGGCAGAGCUGGGUUCCUAA